CUACAACUUUAUACACUUCUGUUUUCAUGUUCUGUACAAACAUAUAUUGAUAACGAAAAUAGUGGAUAAGAAUUAAGAACCGUUCUUAUCUUGUCUUAAAGAACGGCUUUUUCAGCAUGACGAACAGACGAAAUAAAUUUAUUUUGUCAUGGUAGGUAUUCAGUGUUCAGUGUUCACUUUUCACAAUUCAGAUCAAAAGAUCAAAACGUUUGAACUUUAAAUUGCUAAAAUUUCAGACUUACUGUAAUCACUUUAAAAUUAUUAUAGUCCAAGAUAAAAUUAAAAUAUCUGAUAAAGAAUAAGAGUCGCGAUUCGUGUAAUCUUUUAUUUUUUUUAUAGUUCCUACCUACUUUAAAAUACACUGCAUAAUAUUAUUUAAGUCACCGUCUAAAAUAUAGUCAGUCCACACCAUAAACUAAGACCAUUUUAGUUCAUGGUCCACACUACAUUAACUACACAGUCUACACUGAAUAACUGAUAACUGUUUGUAUGGACUGUUCAUAGUAUUAUUAUUUAUUAGUACCUAUGUUAUACAUUAGAAUAUUAUAUUACGUUACCAGUUGAAUGGAAGUAAAUACAGAUCAGUAGAUUACUGAAAAAGACAUGUCGGAAAAAGAGACUAAAAAAAAGGUGAUUUCACAAAAAGAAUAUCUAAAAAGAUAUCUUUCUGGUGGAAAGAAGAAAAAAGAAAAAACUAAAAUUCCAAAAAGAGUUCAGAUCAUUGAUGAUAAUAUUGAUUGCGUUGAAAAUGAUUAUGAAAAUAAUAUUGGAUUUGAUCCAGUUGAUGAAUUUGCACCUCAAAUAGUAGGUGUUAUUGAUGAGAGACCUAAAGAUAUUAAAACAUUGGACAUGUACAAAAAUAAAAAUCGGUGGAAACGAAUAGGUAGCAAUAGUGACAUUGAAGAAGAUUCAAUUAAAAUUGACAUAGAUCAAGUCAACAAUUAUGUACAACAAAUAAACAAGUCUACUUUAAGAGAUUUAAUAAAUGAGAAAAAUGAAGAGUCAGUAGAAAAUGAUAUACCUAUUAGACGUGAUCGAAAAACUGGCAAAAAACGAGAUCUCAAAAGGGAAAGAGAAGAAGAAAAGAAGAAAGAAGAAAUAUUAAAAGAGCACAAAACAAAAUAUGCUAUAUGGGGAAAAGGGGUAAAACAAGUUAAGGACGCUCUGGAACAACACCAGUCUGAUCUACAUGAAAUGCAAAAACCAUUUGCAAGAUAUGCAGAUGACCAAGACUUGGAGAAUUUGUUGAAAUCUAAGAUCAGAGAUGGAGAUCCAAUGCUUGAGUACAUCACAAAAAACCAUAGAAUGGGUGAAGAUUCUCCUGAUGGUGUGAAACAUGAAAUAAGAGAGUUUCGAGGAUUUUGUCCACCAAAUAGGUUUGGAAUUCGACCAGGAUUUACAUGGGAUGGUGUAGAUAGAUCAAAUGGUUAUGAACAGAAAUGGCUAUUGCAACAAAAUUCACAGAAAGCGUUGGAAGACGAAGCAUAUAAAUGGAGCUGUUCUGAUUUGUGAAAUUGUAUUAUGGACAUUUAGAGCUAAUUAUAAUAGGCACCUAUCCUAUAUUUGAUUUGUAUUUUUAUAAGCAUGUAAAAACAAAUUUCAGUGAUAAAAUCUCAAAUUCUUAGAAAUAAUAGAUCAUAUUAUCUACCUACUAAUUAUA